AUGUUGUCUUCUAGUCCCUUUCGCAUAAUUGAGCAUGUGGUUCCGGGCCAACAUAUUAGAGAGUAUCCACGAGCAACAGCAAAUGAGCAGGAGGAUAUCUUACAUCUAUCUGUGAAGCAGUACAUCCCUCUUGACAAUCCAAAUCCACAGCACGGCGAUGUUACCAUCAUUGCGGCGCAUGCGAACGGUUUUCCUAAGGAACUCUAUGAGCCUCUUUGGGAAGAAAUAUAUGCGCGUUCCAAGCGCAAUGGAUUUCGCAUUCGCAGUAUAUGGAUGGCAGAUGUAGCGCAUCAAGGGAAAAGCGGCAUUCUCAAUGAAGACGUUCUAGGAAAUGACCCAAGCUGGUUUGAUCACCCUCGAGAUCUCCUUCACUUUAUCAACCUCAAGCGCGAGGAGAUGCCUCAGCCCAUCGUUGGAGUUGGACAUAGUUUUGGUGGCGCACAUCUCACGCAGCUUAGCCUUAUGCACCCUCGCCUCAUCCAUUCGCUUGUCCUGUUAGAUCCCGUCAUUCAACGACAACCAUCAGCCAUGGACAAACAGGAUCUUCAUGCAGGAAAGCUAGUGUUCCUUGAACUGACACGGCUUUCUACUUAUCGGCGAGACCUCUGGCCCUCGCGCAAGACUGCCGCUGAAGGAUUCAAACGGAGCCCCUUCUACAAGGCCUGGGACCCCCGCGUCCUGGACCGUUGGGUCCAAUACGGCCUGCGUGAGGUCCCAACAGCGAUUUACCCGCUGGAAGAACACAGUGUCCAAAACGACAACCAAGAACGACCCGUCACCCUGACCACGACCCGUCAUCAAGAGGUCUUCACCUUCUCCCGCCCCACUUACGACGGCAGCGGUAACAGCCAACCGAUAAACAGAGUCACACAUCCUGAUCUCGAUCUGAACCUUCCGAUUGAAUCUUCAUUCUACAGACCAGAGCCCGGACGCAUAUUCACGCAGCUGCCUUAUGUCCGACCCAGCGUGCUAUACAUCUUCGCUGGCCAUUCCAUGCUUUCUAACCUGGCGUAUCGCAAGGAUAAACUCGCCGUUACCGGCACUGGGAUUGGCGGUAGCGGCGGCGCUGCGGAAGGCCGAGUGCGCGAGGUGUUCCUCGAGAACAACGGCCAUCUGGUCGCACAGGAGGCGCCCAAUGAAUGUGCUGAUGCCAUAAGCAGCUGGUUUGGGCCGGAGUUGCAGCGAUGGAGAGAUGAAGAUCAGGCUUUCCGUACACGAUGGGGCCAAAAGCCCAAGGUCGAGAAGAUGACCGUCAAUGCGCAAUGGAUGGAACAUAUGCCUCCCCCGGAACGGCGAGGUGAAGAUACAGAGACGAAGAAGUCUUCGUCGAAAUUAUGAUGCGGUGAUGCGUUCUACUUAGCACUCAUGCUUGUUACCGCUACUAGUAUAGACAUUAUAUCCUCGUGCCUUUUGAUAGAAGCAUUGUCACUUAGCGUCUAGGGAAAUGGAGAAACCUAUGUCAGA